UUUUAUAUUAGUGGCCUAAAUAGUUAUAAUUUAAUGUCGUCAGAGGUAACGAUUCCUCAAGGAAACUUAAAAGGUUCCAUAAGUUUUUCUGGAGCCUACAGAAGAUUUCUGAAAGUGCCCUACGCUUCAGUGACAGGAAAAUUCCAAGCACCUGGAGACCCACCCUCAUGGAAAGGCACACUAAAUGUAGCACGCGGUUCCAGUAGAUGCAAACAAUACUUCAGUCGCACUAGAACACCCAUAGGCUUCAAAGAUUGCCUGGUACUUAACGUCUACACCCCCACAGUUGCACUAAAGACUCCACUCCCUGUAAUGGUAUUCAUACACGGCGGAGGUUUCUACUGGGGCAGCAACACACACCUCCUUUAUAAUCCCAAACACUUACUGAAAAAACAAGUCAUUGUCGUAACAGUUAACUAUCGCCUUGGAGCAUUCGGAUUUCUUUGUUUACGAAACAAAGGUGCACCAGGAAACGCGGGGUUGAAGGACCAAGUAGCAGCUUUGAAAUGGAUAAGCAAAAAUAUAGAAUAUUUUGGAGGUGAUCCCAAUUCAGUAACUCUUUUUGGUGAAAGCGUUGGAGCUGCUUCUGUUAACUACUUGUUGGUUUCUCCAUUAACCGAAGGUUUAUUCCAUAGAGUUAUAUUACAAAGUGGGUCAGUGCUAAUGCCGCAAGCUUUUGACGAAGACCCUAUAGGAAGCGCGUCCUUAGUUGCUACUCGCUUAGGAUAUAAUUCUUCUGAUCCAGAUGAACUUCUAAACAUCUUUAAUCAAGUAUCCGAGGAAGAUGUUACCAUUGAAACAUAUAGAGAUCAAACUAAUAAUGCCUUCGCCCCGUACGUGUUUAGACCCUGCCUUGAAGAACCUACUGCAGAUGCUAUUAUUACUGCUCCACCCAGAGAUUUAUUAAAUUCUUCCAACUUGAAUUCUGGUAUUACAGUAAUCAUUGGAUACAAUAACAAAGAAGGUAUAAAAUGGGCUUCGAAAUAUAACUCCAAUGGUAUUAAAAAUCUUGUACAAAAUUUUACUCAGAUUAUACCACACAACCUAUACUUUCAAAGUAAAAAUGAUAAAGAUAUAUUUGUAGCAGAUGUGGAAAAAAUAUAUUUUGGAAAUAAAACAUUAGACAAUGAUAUUCUUGAUGGACUGAUAAAUUACUUUUCUGAUGCCUUCAUUAUGUAUCCUAGCGUUGCUACCACUGAAUAUUUUUUAAAAUACACAAACAUAUCCGUGUUUAACUAUUUCUUCAAAUAUGACUCGUAUCGAAAUUUACUCAAAUCAGCUUCUGGUUUGAGAAGGAAACCGGGUGCUGAUCAUGGAGACGAGUUAUUCUAUCUGUUUGAACCUGUGAUAUAUCAGUCCCUGCUCCCACUACAAGCAAAUUCGAACGACUAUAGGAUAAUCAACAAAAUGACUGGGAUGUGGACAAGCUUUGCUAAGACUGGAAACCCAAACAGUAAAGAGUCGCCAAAUACUCACUGGACGAAAAGCGAAUUGAACGAGUUAACAUUUCUAGAAAUCGACAGAGAAUUUCAAAUAAUAUCUUUGCCCAACAAGGAACGAAUAGAUUUUUGGAAAAAUGUUUAUGAAAAAUACGGGACAAAAAAUGACUAA